GUUGUCCAGAAACAUCGGUAAAGAGCACGGCAGCCUUCAGAAUCGUUCCCUGCCAAUUGCUGACACAGGCAGCCCUAAUGAAUCAUUCUGAAUUGUGAUCAUGUGCCUCCAGCCGUCAGUGAGCUGCCAAAGAGGAAGUGCAGCUUGUUUUCUUUCUCUCAUUUUCUUGGUUCCUAUGCUGCUGUAGGAAGAUGAAAGGAGGAGGAAGCAGGAGCAGAAGCAGCCAAACUGAAUAAGCAACUCUUGACGAUUUCUGAUCUCAAAUGGAGGCCUCUGAGUGGGACCCACUGAAAAAUGACACCCUGCCACCAACUCUGACACCAGCUGUCCCUCCGUAUGUGAAGCUGGGCCUGACCACUGUAUAUACUAUUUUUUAUUCCCUCCUCUUUGUGUUUAUCUACGUCCAGCUUUGGCUGGUCCUCCACUACAGGCACAAGAGGUUCAGUUACCAAACUGUGUUUCUGUUUCUGUGCCUAUUUUGGGCCUCGCUUAGGACUGUGCUCUUUUCAUUUUACUUCAAAGAUUUUGUCACAGCAAACUCUCUCAGACCCUUCAUCUUCUGGCUUCUCUAUUGCUUCCCAGUUUGCCUCCAGUUUUUCACACUGGCACUGAUGAAUCUUUACUUCACUCAGGUGAUUUUCAAAGCUAAGUCAAAGUACUCUCCAGAACUACUUAAAUACCGGUUGCCUCUCUAUCUGGCUUCUCUCUUCAUCAGUCUCCUCUUCCUCUUGGUGAAUUUAACGUGUGCUGUGUUGGUGAGAACAGAGAAUUCAGAGAGGAAAGUCAUUGUCUCUGUCCGGGUGGCAAUUAAUGACACAUUGUUUGUUCUGUGCGCCAUCUCACUCUCCAUCUGUCUGUAUAAGAUUUCCAAGAUGUCAUUAGCCAACAUUUACUUGGAAUCCAAGGGUUCAUCUGUGUGUCAGGUGACAACUAUAGGCGUGACCGUUAUACUACUAUAUACCUCAAGAGCCUGUUACAAUUUAUUCAUCUUAUCAUUUUCGCAAACCAAGAAAGUCAAUUCUUUUGAUUAUGACUGGUACAAUGUAUCAGAUCAGGCAGAUCUGAAAUGUCAGCUGGGAGAUGCUGGGUACGUUGUAUUUGGAGUGAUCCUCUUUAUCUGGGAGCUGCUGCCCACUUCCUUAGUUGUGUACUUCUUCCGUGUUCGAAACCCUACAAAAGAUCUGACAAAUCCAGGAAUGGUACCAAGCCAUGGAUUCAGUCCACGAUCCUAUUUCUUUGACAACCCUCGGCGAUAUGACAGCGACGAUGAUCUGGCCUGGAACAUUUCACCACAAGGCACGCAGGGCAGUUUCUCUCCAGAUUAUUAUGAUUGGGGACAUCAACACAACAGUUUCAUGGCUUACAUAGGAUCAUUGCAGCCAGAGUCAACAAUGGACACAGAACGACCAAGCCCUAUAUAGUUCCAGUCAAUGACAGUAUUAAGCCAUUCCAUAUUAAAAAAAUAUUUUGAAAAACAAAGUUCAGGAAUUUUC